AUGGGGAAGUGGGAAGAUGGGUGUUGGGUGUGGAAGCUUAACUGGAGAAGGGAACUAAUGGAGAGAGAGAGGGCAGCGGUUGACGACUUCUUACAGUUUAUUACUAACUUUGUUCCAAGCGCAGGAAGUCUUGAUAGCUGGAGCUGGAGUGGUGGCAAGGACGGGCGUUACUCAACGAAGGAGGCCUAUGAAGUCAUUAGAGAGACAAGAAAUGAAGCAACAGAUCAACUUCCUCUCAAGGAGGUUCUGUCAAAGGUUUGGGGCAUGGCGGUUCCUCACAAAGCAAUGGUGUUGGCGUGGAGGCUGUUGAGAAACCGACUACCAACUUGCGACAAUUUAAGAAGAAGAAACAUCUUGGUGGGGGAAACGGAAUGCUGCUGCAACGCGUGCAUCCUUAACCUGGAGACAGCAAAUCACAUCUUUCUUCACUGCCCAAAGACGGAAAAAGUUUGGGAUGGUAUUUUCCAGUGGAUGGGGAUUUGUUUCAUUCGCCCUCAUUGCGUCGUCUCACAUUUCACUCAGUUCGUCCAGCUUGGAAGGGGGAAGAGGGCGGAAAAGCUGUUAGAAGCCUUGUGGAGUUGCACGUGCUGGCUGAUUUGGAAGUGGAGAAACGAGAGUAGGUGGGAAGGAAAAAACUGGGACAUCAAGGAUGCGAUCAUGGAGGUUAAGGCGAGGAUUUGGAGUUGGAACAAGAUCUUCAAUUAUUUUGAGAGUGAGUUGAAUUUUUCCUCUUGGAUGUCAUGUAAUCUUUCGGUUUGGUUGCUGUAA